AGGUCUUCACUAUAAUGGAAGAGGCCAGGAGCUCAAAGAAUGGAAAUCAUGACCCAAGGAAGUCUGUCCGUCUCGUCAGCGAGGAAGGCAAAGCAGUUAAAGUUACAAAUAAUCAAAAUUAUAAGCAUAACAGAAAUGACAAAUCUGUGAAAGAUAUUGGGAGAAGUUCUCCAAGUGGGAAUAGCAGCAAAAAAAGUAAACAAAAUGAUGUUUUUUCUGAAAAACAAGGAGAAAAUAAAUCGUGCAAAGUAAAUAGUUGUAUUCCUGGGACUAAAGACACUGGGUCAAAUGUUCAGGAGCGAAAUCAUGGAAAAGUAAAAAAAAAUUCUAAUUUAUCAGCAGCAGCAGAAAACCUGAAACAGACAAAAGGUCAACAAAUGGGAGAAAACUUUCUAGGCUCCCAUGUUUCAGGAAAUGGGGUCAGUAUGGAAACCUUAACAGCUACUCACAAAGGGAAACUGGUUUUGGAAAAUCCACUUGGAGUUCAUGCAUCGAAGACUAAUGUGGAUCAGACUGGUGAUCCUGGUAGGACUGCUUCAGAUCAAAGAAAACUGGAACAUAAGCCUGAUGACUUCAGUAAAAUAAAGAAUUCUGAACCAACUGAAGAACAUACCUUGGAAGCUGAUUAUUUAGAAAGCACAGUUAUUGAUGAGUCUAAUCUGACGGCUGAACAGCAGUUGGGAUUGAAACAAGCUGAAGAGCGGCUGGAAAGAGAUUAUAUCUCCCGACUUGAAAAACGCUCCCCAGAAUAUACCAACUGUCAGUAUCUAUGCAAGCUCUGCUUAGUUCACAUUGAAAAUAUCCAGGGAGCUCACAAGCAUAUUAAAGAAAAACGUCAUAAGAAAAAUAUAAUGGAAAAACAAGAGGAAAAUGAGCUGCGUGCCCUCCCACCCCCUUCUUCUGCACAGUUGGCUGCCCUGAGUUUUACACUCAUUGAGGCAGCAAAUGAACAAGGCAUAUCUGAUGAUGACUUCAGAAUUCGUCAAGAAAUUGUAAACGAGAUGGAGAAAAUUAUUCAACAGCCCUUACCAGACUGUUCACUGAGGAUGUAUGGCUCCUGCUUAACUCGAUUUGCUUUUAAAACCAGUGAUAUUAACAUUGAUAUAAAAUUCCCACCUAAGAUGAGUCAACCAGAUGUUCUGAUACAGGUGCUUGAAAUCCUGAAGAACAGUGCUGUCUACUCCGAUGUGGAAUCAGAUUUCCAUGCCAAAGUUCCUGUUGUCUUUUGCAAAGAUGUUAAAAGUGGUUUGACAUGUAAAGUUAGUGCCAGAAAUGACGUGGCUUGCCUUACAACUGAUCUGCUGGCUGCACUUGGUAAACUGGAGCCUGUCCUCAUUCCUUUGGUUUUGGCUUUCCGCUACUGGGCUAAACUCUGCCACAUUGACUGUCAGGCUGAAGGUGGAAUUCCCUCGUACUCCUUUGCCUUAAUGGUGAUAUUUUUUCUUCAGCAAAGAAAACCACCUAUUUUACCAUCCUUCUUGGGCAACUGGAUUGAAGGCUUCGAUUCAAAGAAGCCAGAUGACCACCAGCUGAAAGGUGUAGAAGAAGAUGAGUUUGUACGGUGGGAAUACAAACCGUCAACAAAUGGUUCAGCAAAAAACUCAGUUGGAACAGAAGGUAAAAGUAAAGUUGAACAGCAAAAAGGUGGUGGUAAGAAGGCAACAAGCUCAGAAGUGGACAACCAAAGUAAUGCGAAGGAGAAGCACGGCAAUUCUCUCUUAGCAUUCAAAACCCCUCACCAAGUUUCACUGGGGCAACUGUGGUUAGAACUGUUGAAAUUUUACACACUGGAAUUUGCUUUGGAGGAGUAUGUCAUCAGCAUACGGGUACAAGAACUCUUAACCAGAGAGAACAAGAACUGGCCUAAAAGGCGAAUAGCCAUUGAAGAUCCCUUUGCACUAAAGAGGAAUGUUGCACGAAGUCUAAAUAGCCAGAUGGUCUUUGAGUACAUCCUGGAGCGAUUUAGGACAGCGUAUAAAUAUUUUGCAUGUCCACAAAGUAAAGGUGGGAUUAAAUCCAAGCCAGAUACCAGAAAGAAAGAGAAAGGGAAAAUUAAUAACAAGAAAUCCACAAGAUCUGAAGAGUCCAUAACCAACUGUUGCCUUCCACAAGGGGAUAAAACUGUAGAUAAACAAAAUAUAGGAAGUGCAUGUACCAUACCAGAGAAUGAACUUGAAUGUAAUGAAAUGGAAGAAUCUGUAGCCAGAAGAUACACUUUGAAGAACAGAGACUCUUUGCUACUUUCGACAUUGGACUCUAGUUAUGAUGAAGACAAAGAAGAAGCAUUAUCCCUUAUUUCUAAUGAAUGCUGUGAAUUAAAGCAAAAAUCACUUAAAGAGAGAGAUGAUCUGGAUAUUUCAGAAGUUGGUCAGACUGAAGGUGAGCUGAGCCACCAUUGUAACUGCAGUGAACAUCAGUCCUAUGACACAAAUUCUAGUAAUGAAUUCUCUGAUGCUGAAAGUAGACAGAGUUUGGUAACGGAGUCUUCUCAGAACAAGUGCACUGGCACACCAGCUACCUCGCACAACUGCAGAGCAAUGGUGGAAGCUCACGAUCUCAAAGAUGAAGGCAGACUCUCUACAGAAGAAAUGCAUUAUGUGUUUGAUAAGUUUAUUUUGACUUCAGGAAAGCCUCCAACUAUAGUAUGCAGCAUCUGCAAACGGGAUGGACAUUCCAAAAAUGACUGCCCUGAGGAUUUUAAGAAAAUUGAUCUUAAACCACUACCACCAAUGACAGAUCGAUUUCGGGAAAUACUUGAUAUAGUGUGUAAGAGAUGUUUUGAUGAAUUAUCUCCUCCUUUAUCUGAGCAACAAAACAGAGAACAAAUUCUGGCAAGUUUGGAAAGAUUUAUUCGUAAAGAGUAUAAUGAUAAAGCUAGACUUUGCUUGUUUGGCUCUUCGAAGAAUGGAUUUGGAUUUCGGGACAGUGAUCUAGAUAUCUGCAUGACAUUGGAAGGCCAUGAAAAUGCAGAGAAAUUGAACUGUAAAGAAAUAAUAGAAGGUUUGGCAAAAGUUCUUAAGAAGCAUCCAGGUCUGAGAAACAUCUUGCCUAUAACAACAGCCAAAGUGCCUAUAGUAAAAUUUGAACACAGACGAAGUGGUUUAGAAGGAGAUAUCAGUUUAUACAAUACACUGGCCCAACAUAAUACAAGAAUGCUGGCUACGUAUGCAGCUAUUGAUCCUAGAGUGCAAUAUCUGGGUUAUACAAUGAAAGUUUUUGCAAAGCGCUGCGACAUUGGUGAUGCAUCCCGUGGUAGUCUGUCUUCAUAUGCCUAUAUUCUUAUGGUUUUGUACUUUCUACAACAGAGAAAUCCACCAGUUAUUCCAGUUCUUCAGGAGAUAUUUGACGGAAAACAGAUUCCACAGAGGAUGGUAGAUGGGUGGAAUGCCUUUUUCUUUGAUGACAUGGAAGAGCUGAAGAAGCGUCUGCCUUCUCUUGGAAAGAACACUGAAUCACUUGGAGAACUUUGGCUGGGGUUGCUGCGAUUUUACACUGAAGAAUUUGACUUCAAGGAAUAUGUGAUCAGCAUCCGACAGAAGAAGCUGUUAACUACAUUUGAGAAACAGUGGACAUCGAAAUGUAUUGCUAUUGAAGAUCCUUUUGACUUGAAUCAUAAUCUUGGUGCUGGAGUCUCUAGGAAAAUGACCAAUUUCAUAAUGAAGGCAUUUAUCAACGGGAGGAAAUUAUUUGGUACCCCAUUCUACCCAACUGUUGGAAGGGAAGCUGAAUACUUCUUUGACUCAAAAGUGCUGACAGAUGGAGAAUUGGCACCCAAUGACAGAUGUUGUCGUGUGUGUGGAAAAAUUGGUCACUACAUGAAAGACUGCCCGAAGAGGAGGAGGUUAAAGAAAAAAGAGAAUGAGAAAGAUGAUGAAAAAGAAGUGAAAGAAGAUGACAGAGAAACAAGAGAGAAGAGGUGUUUCAUCUGUGGAGAUGUGGGUCAUGUUAGAAGAGAUUGUCCUGAAUUCAAACAAGCCCGUCAGAGAAAUAAUAGUGUGCCAAGCAGCCAGUUGGUUCGAAGCAUGGUAAAUUCACAGCUAGUGGCUGUAAGCCAGCAGCAAGUGGAAGGACCCUUGCGCACUAGACAGUCGUCAGAAUGUUCUGAUUCGCAUCAGUCAUCUUAUUCUCCACAACCUCAACAAUUUACACAGAAUUCCUCUCAGCCAGCCUCCAUUAACCAGACUCAGCCACAACCAAUAUCCCAGUCUAAGCACGUUCCACAACCACAGCAGGGUGCACAGCCACCCCAUCAGGUCCAGCUGUCUUUGUUUAACUUUCCCCAAUCUCCCCCAGGUCAGUAUUCUACCUUGCAUAACCUGGGACUACUUCAGAUGCACCAUCACCACCAAAUUCAGCUUCCCAACACUUCGUGGCCUAUUCAUGGGCCUGUUAUUCACUCUGCACCGGGUAACCCUCCUCAUUCUACAAAUGUUCCAUUUUCUAUGAGAUCUGGCAGCAGCAGCACCACAAAUAACCAGAGCAGUGUAAGCUUGAACGAUCCCAGUAUCAUCUUCGCACAGCCUGCUGCCAGGCCCAUGGGAAUCCCCAGCACUUCUCAUGAGGGACACUGGCACAAUCCUGUGACUCCAAACUCACUGGUGAACAAUGGCACUGUGGGGAAUUCAGAUCAGGGUUUCCAAGGACAGUUUGGUAAAAUGAACCCUCCUUCUGUCCCUUGGGACCAUGGGACCCCUACCCAUUUUCCUCUCCUCCGAGGAGCGUGGCCUUACAAUAUGCCUCAGAACUACAUGCAGCAGGGAAAUGCCAGCUACCCACCGAACAAACCUUUCUACCCUCAAGCUGGUCCACUGAUGCAGAGUAACCAGCGGUUCUCGCUUCUGUCUCAAGGACACCCACACUUGAAUCUGAAUUACAUUCAACAGAAAAAGGUGUUGCCGAAUGCUAACUCCGUUAAGAGAUGCUAGAGCUGAGCUAACGUCUCAUUUUCUUCCCAGUCACAGGUAGGCCUUAAGUGAUCUGUCUUCAAAGUAGCGGUUUACUGUUCCUAAAUUUAGUAAAUAACAACAUGUUUCAGGCAAAAAGGGGUAUUUUACUCUACUGGAAUCUUUUGAUCCUGGCUAGUACUAGACUUAAGGAAGAUCCCUUAAAAAAGAACAAGCACUGGCUAGAUAUUGGAGAUUACUUAAUGAAAUUGGAAGCUAACUUAAACCCAUGCUAGAUUUUGGUGGUGCUGCUUCGUUUCCUGUACCGGAGGCUUAUUGACAGAGUUUAGGCUUGUAGUUCUUCAGUGUUUAUGACUUACGCAUAUUCACACUUUAGCAAUGGAACGCAGCAUGUUAGUCAGAACAAAGCUUUGAGAAUAAAGCCAGUUUCAAUUAGAAGUCCCAGUGAAAGAUUACAAAAGAAACAGGAAAGAGCCUUCAAAGACAAAACCCUAUUUUAUUGCUCUUCACUGUUUUUUUUACAGGCCUCAAGAAAAACAAUUUAUAAACUACCUUUAGAUUUUAUCAUAAGGACUAGAAAGUAAAAGCAACUUCAGCUUUAACUAAAAAAAAAAAAACAACAAAAACCCCCCCACAAAAACAACACGUGUACAAGAGGAAAAGGACUAAAAAUGACUGCUAAAGCAGCCAGUGCAUAUUCAGCUGUCCCAUAAAGCAAAUAGGACAGUAUUAGACUGAACUGUGUGCUGAAAUUAGUUCAUUAUUCAUUCCCUCGACGACUCUUCUUGUGACUUUUCUUAGAUCUGAAAGAGAGAACAGUUAUGUGUCACAGUUCUAGUAACUGUUUUAAACAAACAACGUGAAUUACAGCAAUAAGUGGUGUUUUACACAGCCACAUGUGGAUAGUGUAACUAGAAAACACUGAAUGAAGUACCAUAUCAAAUACUUCAUUUACUACAUAGUAAGAAGACCUUCAAUCCCCAAGAUUCAAUGACAAGCACAAGCUCUUACAACCAAACACCCAUCCUUAAGAAAUGUGCCAUAAAAUAAUACCUUUCAGGUGAUUUGGAAUGACUUCUGUGUCUGUGACUACGAUGAUGUCCUAUAAGACAGAAAAAAACCAAAGUUACUUCCAUAGACCCUGGAGGUCUUUUUUCUUUUGCUCUUGUAAUCUGCUUCUAAUUGUCCUAGCUAAUUAGGCAUUCAAAUUAACCUCCUGCCAAGUGUCUGAAAAGUGCACCCAGGCAAUUUUGUGAGUAUUGGAGCAGUUCUCAACACUUUCAUAUAAUUAACCACUUUAUAAACCAGAUUAAGCAUGUAAGCUACCUUUCGAUACUAUGACACUGAUUUUUCUUUCAGUAGAUGUCGUCUGGUUAAAAAAAAAAAGCCAGCUUAAUUUAAAAACUACAGAAAUACCUGGAGAUUUAGAUCUUGAUCUGUGGCGCCUCUCCCUGGAUCUGCUCCGGUGCCGUCGUGGGCUUUUGCUGCGAUGCCUCUCCCGGCGUGGUGAUGGACUGAGAGGAAAGAAGCUUUUAAGACAGCCGUGCUACAAACAUACGUUUUAACAUAAAGUAACAGAAUAAAAGACUACCUUCUUCUCUUUGGA